AUGCCCACUGCCCUUGUUCGUGUCAUCCCCAACCGCCUCCCCUUGCCAAGUUCAAGGACGAGCACAUAUCACGCACAACACUUGCCUCACAACAUCACCUACCCCCCAACAACCCAGCCUCACACACACGACAUGGCCUCCUACGACGCAGACCCGACCCGCACCGAGUCGCACUUUGGCGCAAAGUACUACCACACGGGCGAGGCGCCGCUCAGCAACCCCGUCACGAACCUGCACAUGCCCCACAUGCACGGGCACGGGCACGAGGACGAGGCGGGUCCGUCACACUCGCACCACCACAGCCGCGCGCGGCACCAGUCCGACGCGGGCACGCACUCGGCGCCCUCGGGCCCGUCGUACCGCCGCUCGUCGGAGAUCACGAGCGCGACCAACAACUCGAACCUCUCCGACCUGGUCGACACGCAGCAGACCGACCAGAUGUGGCACGCGCAGCACUGCGCCGUGGCGGGGGGCACGCGCUCGGCGUCCGACACGCCGCCGAGCGCCAGCCCGUCGAGCUACACCACCCCGCGCAAGGGCUCCACGGGCUCCGGCCUCGGCCUCAGCCGCACCAUCUCGCGCGGCGUCUCGCGCUCCAUGACCUCCUCGGACCCGCGCUUCACCCCGGAGUGUACCGUGUGCGACCGCAUCCGCUCGGCCGAGGACGACGACAAGCGCAAGAAGCAGCACACGCCCCGCGGCGCCAACUGGGGCCGCAUGAUGGAGAACUCGGGCCGCAAGCGCGACGUCCCGACCGGGUGGUGGUACCGCAUGUGGCAUUAA